AUGAUAUACUUGUCAGAGGUAAAAACAAAAAAUUCGCUGAAAAGAAGAUAUGAUACAGGAUUCUUUAACUGCAUCGUCAAAGAGUUAAAAGUGGAAGAUUUGUGUAAUGUCAGUGGUCAUAAAGCUGACCAAAAAUUUGGGUCUCUUGGCCUAGUCAGACCGCGUCUCGCCCCAUAUGGAAAAAGGAAUCUAUCAUCUGUAGAUGAAGCUAGGUUGGUAAUGUUUUUGGAAAAGUAUAAACCAAAAGGAGAAAAUGAAGCAAUUUCCUGUGUUAAAAAGUUUGAUGGAAGUUCUCUACCACCUUGUUUACGAGUGUUGCGUCAAAAGAUUUAUCGAACAAAGUAUGUUGCACAGUUAUGGAUGUCAUCAAUAACGUCCGAGCCUCCAAAUCACCUUCCUGAAGACAUGGGUUGGCUGCUGAAAGAUGGCAGCUAUAUCAUUAAGUGGUACGAAGGCGAAAUGUCUCCAAAAGCAGUAGAUGUCACCAGCAAUGAAAAUUAUUAUGGAUUCUCCAGAGAAGUAGAAGAUUUUGAAGGGUUUGAUGAACUGUCAAGUGAUGACGAUUCAGACAGUGAUGACGAAACUAGUGACGAAGACGUGUAAUGAUAAUUUAAGAUGCUGAUGCAGAACAAUAUCAAUCAUGCUGCUAUAACCUAUUGUACAUAUUUAUAUUUUAUUAAAUGCUAUCAGAGCAUUU